GCCAAUCAGAGGCGUCAGGAUCUUGGACAGCGGAGAGAUGGCGCAGCCGGAGCGGGACAAUCCGUUCGGAGAGCUGGACAAUCCCUUCCAGGACCCGUCAGUGACUGAGCACCGGCCCAGCUCCCAGUAUGCCACCCUCGAUGUGUACAACCCCUUCGACAACAGAGGGAUGCCCCCUCCGUACGAAGAGAAGCCCAUCGGGCAAACUGCCCCGGCAGCACCCCCAGCCCAGAUCCCUCCUCCCCCAACAGCAAAGAAACCGAGCCCCACUGAGCCCAAAAACUAUGGCUCCUACGGAUCUCAGGAAACUGUCGCUGCGGCUGCAACUGCGGAUUUGCUGAAGCGCCAGGAGGAGCUGAACCGUAAAGCGGAGGAGUUGGACCGCAGGGAGCGGGAGCUGCAGAGCGCGGCACUGGGGGGCACUGCCACUCGACAGAAUAAUUGGCCCCCUUUGCCCUCUUUCUGCCCCGUCAAGCCCUGUUUCUUCCAGGACGUUUCCGUGGAGAUCCCCCAGGACUUCCAGAAGACUGUGUCCAUUAUGUACUACCUGUGGAUGUGUAGUACAGGGACACUGCUGCUGAAUUUCCUGGCCUGUCUCACGUGGUUCUGUGUGGACGGCUCGCAGGGUUCAAGCUUUGGCCUGGCCAUCCUCUGGCUCCUCCUCUUCACCCCCUGCUCCUUCCUGUGUUGGUACCGCCCUCUGUACAAGGCCUUCAGGAGUGACAGUUCCUUCAACUUCUUCGUCUUCUUCUUCAUCUACUUCGUGCAGGACAUCUUCUACGUACUGCAAGCCAUCGGCAUCCCCGGCUGGGGCUUCAGCGGCUGGAUCGCGGCUCUGACGGUUCUGAAGUUGGGGUACGUGGGGGUGUCGGUGUUUAUGAUGCUGGUGGCCGUGUUGCUGACGGGCUGUGCUACUUUGGGGAUCAUUAUGCUGAAGAGGAUCCACUCCAUUUACAGGAGGACCGGCGCCAGUUUCCAGAAGGCGCAGGAGGAGUUUGCGGCCGGCGUUUUCUCCAAUCAGGCCGUGCGUACGGCAGCGGGUAACGUGGCAGCGGGCGCAGCUCAGAAUGCCUUCAAGCCCUAAUGGGGCACAACACGGGCACAUAUUCUGCCCCCAGUCAUGCAGGGGAGCCCACCGCAGCACAUGACUCUGCCCAUGAGCCGGAGGAAGGAGCAGGGGGGGUCCUACUGUUCACUAAUACCCGCUUGUGUAUGUGUGUGUGUGCCUUUAAAUACGCUGCCCUGGGGCUGACAUGGGCGUGGCCUGUGUAUGUCGUCUCCUCCCCCUUUGUAUCAGGGGCCACACUCACCCGGGAUCCCUAAACACCAUCUGAUCUGCCCCAACUGGUGGAGGAGACGAGUGAUCCUAUUGGUUAAUAUCCGACGCCCAUGGGAAGGAGGGCCCCCAGAAGGUGCAGGGGUGUCUUUGUUCAUGUUGGGGUGGGCCCUCGUGUCUCAGCUCAGGGUUUUAGCGUCCGUGUGUCUGUUCCCUAAAACUGCUGUUCACACUUUUGUUUUCUGUAAUAAUGUGUCUUGUCCCCUUCUCUGCCUGUGGGGGGGCUGUUUGUUGUCACUCACUGAGGGGAAUCAUAUGGGGGGGUAUGAAAAGCCGACAUUUCAUUGGGUGGGGGUCUGGGGGUGACUCACGUCUGCCUUGAUAUGACUCCUCUAUCGAAGCAUGUUCCUGAGCUCUCGCUCUUUCCUGGGCUCUCGUGCCCCCCAUCUGCUGCUUAUUGGGGGGCUAAGCCCCAGCGAAUGCCAAAUUAAACAUGUUUAUGAGGAA